UCUGGAAAACGAAACUUUGUUCGAGAUCGUGGAAUCAAAACAAGUGAUUUUAUUUCAAAAUUUCAAAAAUAAAAAAAUUCAAUUGCAAAUUGCUCACAAGAAAUGGCAACGUCUCGAGUAAAAACACGUGAAACCAAAACAGGUGAAAUUAUUGCCUACAGUGAAGCUGCCAUUAGAAAUAAUGCCUCGGCGGUUGAAUACUGUCGGACAUCGAUGGCUGCAUUGUCCGGAAGCACAGCUGGUGUUCUCGGUUUGACUGGAAUCAUUGGUUUCCUAUUUUACGUAUUGGCCGUUCUCGGACUGUGGUGCAUGCUGCUUCUGAAAUCUGGUGCUAAUUGGCAGAAAUAUUUUAUCAGUCGAAAAAGUCUGCUGACAAACGGAUUCCUUGGUGGCCUCUGUACAUACGUACUAUUUUGGACAUUCCUUUACGGAAUGGUUCACGUGUACUGACGUACUUUUUCUUCAGACAAACUACUGCCACCAGCGCAACUGUUUCAUACACUAAAAAUAAUAGCGUUCUAAAAUGAUACACCCAAUAAUUUGGAAUUCUUAUAGGAAACAAUCUUCCUCUGGCAGACAGUAGUAAUUCAAGUCCUUCACAACGUGUUAACUCCAAAAUAUGCCGUACUGGAAUUUUGUUUAUGUUUUGAUUGAUCUGCAUAAAGACCGUAAAUAUAUCAUUUGAAACAUCAGCAUUUUAUUAUAGACUGGCAUAUUUAAAGCAAUUUUAACAGCAAAAAGGAUUUAAAGCACAUAUAUUGUUAUUCUCAUAGCCAAUUGUUUAAAUCUGAACACUAAAAAUGCACUCCCUGAAAUUGUUACAAUUUAAUACCUCCGCAAUUGUCUAAUUUCCAUUUAUCAUUUAUCAGGGGUAAGUUAGUGGGUAAACUUGAAUGAAAUGAAAUACAUUUUUUUUGUAUUUGUCCAAAUA